AUGGCUAUCGGCGCUUUCGUUGAUGCUUACGAUCAUGAGAACGGCAUGUCGUGCUCGCUUUCCGUAGCUUGGAACGAGGUGACAGAAGAAUCUACUGUCCAAGAGCUCUUGCAGGAAUUUCCCAACGCAUACAUCUCAGUCAGAGUCGACAAAAGAAGAUCCACUAUCACGAUGGAUCAGAAGAUAAUGAGCGCACUGAGGCACAGGCUUGAGGAGGCUGGAAUGCAUGUGACGGAUCUUAGGCUCCCUGGUCGAUUCCAUUGGUGGCAACACCAGGACUUUGUACAUUCACUGUUACAAUUUUGCGAUGAAAACUCUCGGUUCCAACUCCCGGAGGCUGCACAAACAUUGGCUUCUGUCAGGUCGGAGUCUGGUGGCCAACUUUUGAUGACUGGAAGCUUGCACAGCCUCGCAAUCAGGUCCAUUUUGCUGGACACAUCCGACUGGCUCACCACAUACGCUUCAUUAGACCUUAUACCGAGCCUUCCUUCGAAGCUGAGAAUUACUUGUUUCGGCUUGGAACACUGUGUACCACCGACUGUUGCCAAAAGGCUGGGUUCCUCCUUAGAAUAUGCUUGCGAUAUCGAGGCAUCUACUCUGUCUGGCUCUCCCAAUCCCGCUAGCUCGCAAUCGCUUCCAGAACCGUCACCGUCACCUGAUCAACGCAUUGCUGUUGUGGGUAUGUCAUGUCACGCACCGGGUGCGAAAGACCUCGACGAGUUUUGGGAAGUUCUCACGAGCGGAGAAUCUCAACACACCGAAGUGCCUGACCAGCGAUUCAGCAUGGCAACNCCCUGGAGACCCCUGGACCCGAGUAAAAAGUGGUACGGCAACUUCAUCCAAGAUCACGACAAAUUCGAUCACAAAUUCUUCAAGAAGAANCCCCGUGAAGUUGCCUCCACCGAUCCCCAGCAACGAUUGGCUCUCAAGCUCGCGUACCAGGCGGUCGAGCAGUCCGGAUACCUGAGCCAAGACCAAGAUGACAAGCAUGUUGCUUGUUACAUCGGUGUUGGUAACAACGACUACGAACGUAAUAUUGCAUGCCACUCGGCUAAUGCAUACUCAGCAAAGGGCAAUUUGCGAGGAUUCAUUGCUGGAAACAUCAGUCAUUAUUUUGGUUGGACCGGGCCGAGUAUGACUUUCGAUUCUGCUUGCUCGUCGUCGACCGCAGCUAUACACUAUGCGUGUCGGUCCAUCCUCAGCGGAGACUGCACGGCGGCCCUCGCUGGNGGUGUCAAUCUCUUCACCAAUCCUGAUUGGUUUCACAAUCUGGCUGGCGCUUCAUUCCUGAGCCCCAGCGGCCAGUGCAAGCCAUUUGAUGCCGAUGCUGACGGCUACUGUCGCGGAGAAGGAGGUGGCUUUGUCUACCUCAAGAGCGUGGAUCGUGCACAGAUUGAUGGCGAUCAGAUCUUUGGCGUUAUCUCGGGCACACAAGUCUACCAAAACCAGAACUCCACGGCCAUCACCGUGCCGAAUGCACCUUCUCUAUCAGUUCUGUUCAGAGAUGUCAUGCACAAAGCCAAGCUCAAGCCUGACGACAUCACGGUUGUCGAGGCUCAUGGAACGGGGACCCCUGUGGGAGACCCCGCAGAAUACGCUGGAAUCAGAAUGGCUCUAAGGGCAUCCACAAGAAGCAAUACGGUACAUCUUAUAUCUGUCAAAGGAUCAAUCGGCCAUUGCGAAUUUGCCUCUGGCGUUCUAUCGCUUGUAAAAGUUUUGCUGAUGCUGUAUCAUGGCAUCAUACCUCCUCAAGCCAGCUUCUCUCGAGUUAGCCCUAAGCUGCAAGCUGCGUCAGAAGACAAGAUCCAGAUUCCGCAGGUGUGUAUACCAUGGACAACCAGCUUUCGCGCCGCGCUCAUCAACAACUAUGGUGCUUCUGGCUCCAAUGCUUCCAUGGUCAUCAGUCAGUACUCCCAAAACCACUCGGUACAGCGUAAGGGUUCACAUGCUGUUGGCUUGAGUGCGCCCAUCCGACUUUGUGGACUCGAUGAUCGAAGUUUGGUCGCGUACUGUGCGAAGUUGGCUCGGUUUUUGCAGAACCAAAGAUCGACCAGCGGCGAUCUCUCUAUACACAAUCUUUCCUUCAGACUCUGCCGCCAAGCCAACUGCACUUUGCCUCAAUCUCUGAUAUUGAGCGCAAGAUCCUGUGACGAUCUGCACCAACAGCUUAUAUCUUUGCAACAAACGAAGCAUUGCACAAGGUCAAUCCAGCAGCCACCCACUCGUCCAGUCAUUCUAUGCUUUGGCGGGCAGAUCUCAACUUUCGUUGGGCUGGAUCCUCUCAUCUACCAACGGAUCUCCAUCUUUCGGCUGCAUCUCGACGACUGCAAUACUACGUGCUUAUCAUUAGGCCUCGAUGGUAUCUUCCCUGCAAUCUUCCAACGCUCGACCAUCGACGACGUCGUGAAGCUGCAAUGUGCUUUGUUCGCCAUGCAGUACUCUUGUGCAAAGACAUGGGUUGAUUGCGGAGUCUCAGUCGCUGCCAUCGUGGGCCACAGCUUUGGCGAACUGGUUGGUCUCUGUAUCGCUGGAGCAUAUACGUUGAAGGACGCCUUGAAACUGAUCUCCGGCCGUGCAGCCGUCGUUCGCGACUUCUGGGAGGAGGAAAGUGGCGCAAUGCUGGCCGUAGAGGGAGACAAAGUUACCCUUGAUACCCUAAUAGCACUUGCCAAUCAGGAACUUGGAUGCCAGACCGACCCCUCGAUUGCGUGCUACAAUGGUCCACGAUCUUUCACGCUUGCCGGCAGUCAACAGGCCAUCAAUCUGAUCUCGAAUCUGGCAGCUGUCAAUGGUACUUGCUCUCGUCUGAAGAUGAAGAGGUUGAAUGUGACGAACGCUUUUCACACAGCGCUCGUGGACUCUCUCGAGCAGAGACUUGUGUGCCUUGGCAAGGAUAUCACGUUUUGUGAUCCAAAGAUUCGCGUCUAUCGAGCGAUCGAACAGUGCGAGAAGCGUCUGGAUAGCCGCUUCGUGUUCGAACACAUGAGAAAUCCUGUUUUCUUCAACACCGCAGUCCAGCGACUGGCACAGGAUAUUCCGUCGGCAAUCUGGCUCGAGGCAGGCUCAAAAUCUACUGUGACUGUCAUGGCAAGCCGUGCACUCACUGAGGUCCGCUCUUCUUACUUCCAGGCCAUGAACUUGACGGAAGAUGGAUCGUAUAACCGUCUUGUCAGUGCCACGACUACUCUAUGGAGAGAGGGGCUGAAAGUGCAGUUCUGGCCGCAUCACAGGUCGCAGACUGCCGGAUACACUCCCCUGAUUCUACCGCCGUACCAAUUCGAAGAUCAUCAACACUGGACGCCACUGAGAGACCAGACCAUAGUCGCAGACCCUUAUGAAGAACGAUUGGAGGAUGCAACUUGCAGCUUGACAACUUUUCUUGGCUACCAGAACUCCGACAGAUCCUCCGUCCGCUUUAGAGUCAAUACCUGUCAGAAAAGGUUCCAAGAGCUUACCGCAGCGACGCUCGUGGUUGCGACUGCUACGUUGCCCUCAACCAUGCUUCAAAUGGAAAUUGUUCUUGACGCUCUCAGAUCUCUUCGAUACGACUUCGAGAACAUGUCCACUGAGCCAGAGUUUCGUAAUGUAGAACAUCACUGUAUCUUUCUGGUCGAUGACAGUAAAGCGCUAUACCUCGACGCUGUCAAAAGUAGCCACGAAAACCCCGAAUGGCAAUGGAGACUCUCCUCGGAGGGAGAGCACAAUGAACUGAUUGAACAUACCUCAGGAAUCAUCGCGUUCCGUGGCAGUAAUUAUACACAUGAAGAAUUCGAAAGUCUUCAACGUCUUAUAAACAUGGAGCGUUGCUCGCAACUGCUCGACGACCCAGAUGCCGAUGAGAUACUCCAGGGCUCGAGUAUCUAUCGAGCUUUCGAGCCAGUUGUUGCAUGGGGGACUCCUUACCGAAAUGUCACGAGGCUAUGCGCAAAGGGUUUGCAAACUGCAGGCUUGAUAAAGCGAACCUCUGAUGGCGAGAACCUCAUGGACUCAGUUCUAUCCGAAUGCUUUUGUCAGGUCUCGAGUUUCCACAUCAACCUCAUGGAAGGCAACACAAACGCUGUUUUCAUCUGCAGCAAGAUCGGGCGCUGGUACCGAGCUCCCCAUUCGCCGGAAGUGUCGUCACCGCCAGACUUGUGGAAGGUCUUUGUGACGCAUAAGAGAGUGUCCGAGACUUCCAUCGUGAGCGAUGUCUUUGCUUUUGAUUCGCGCACUGGGGCGUUGCAAGAGAUCAUUCUGGGCAUCUCAUAUCAACGAAUGUCGAAAGAAGCUCUACGUAAGACUUUAGCGAGAAUUGUUCAAAAACACGUCUCUGAGCCGUCAUGCUCUGCCCCACUCGUAGCCGAGCAAGCAAGACAAAACGAUUCUUAUGAUUCCUCGUCGCCGCUUAUCCCACAGCAGGGAUGUCAUCAACCAUCUACGCAGCCAGCUGUCCCCUCCGCCCCGAGCGCCGCGCAGCCUGACAUUGCCAGCAAAGUCCGAGAGAUCUUGUGCAAUCUGGCAGGCUUGGAACGGCAUGAUCUACACGAUGACUCCGACCUCAUCGAGAUCGGGGUUGACUCUCUCAUGGCAAUGGAGCUUGCGCACGAGGUUAAAGUCGCAUUCAAAUGCCUCUUGUCUACCGAACAGCUUGUGGAGCUUACAGACUUCCGAAGUCUGGUGGUCCGUAUCAAUUCUACGCUCGGCCUUAAAGACAGUAGUUCAGAGGUCAGACGCCAUGAAUCGUGUUCGCCAGAUCAACAGGCGGUAUCAGCAAGUUUGUCGUCGCAAGAUAGUCCUUCCAGACAAUCUGUUGACACAGAGAGUGGCUCUAGCCGACUCGUUGAUGUUAGUAGCAGCCCCCUUCAGACACCUCCGAAGACUUUGUCGACAUCACUAGUGAUAUGCGUGACAGACAUCAUGAUGCUUNNUGACAAAGAAUGCUUCAACAUGCCAGCACAACUUCUCACGGAAACUUUCGAAGCGUUGAAGUGGUGCACAGAUGACUCUAUCACAACAGGAGGCUUGGCUGGGUACCGCAACAGAGUAAUACCUCGAUCCACGGAGUUAUGUGUUGUGUACAUCGUGCAAGCUUUCGAAGAAUUGGGCUGUCUCGUGAAGUCUGCAUGUCCUGGCCAACGGUUGCAGCGUAUUUGUCACCAGCCCAAACAUCGAAGAUUCGUCGAUCUGCUUUAUGGCCUGCUCGAGCAUGAAGCACGCCUGAUCGAUGUCCAUGCAGAUCAGAUUGUACGCACGAAUGUAUCACUAACUUUGAAAUCUGCCGACGUGCUGUUAGAGCAUCUGCUUCGCAAUGAGCCGCUCCACGCAGCCGAACACAAGCUAGUUGCACUGAUUGGUUCAAAUCUUGCUGAUUGCCUUAUCGGCAAACAAGAAGGCGUCCAGAUCUUAUUCUCUCAAGGUCGUGAUAUAUUGUCCGACAUGUAUGCCAACUCGCCUUUUACAGGAAUCUGGAUUGCUCAGUUGGAACAAAUGCUCAAGCAGCUUUUAGGCACACUCGAUCUUGUGGGCCAGCCCUUACAUAUAUUGGAGGUCGGUGCAGGAACGGGUGGAACCACGAGCAAGCUUGCUGCUAUGAUUGCCAGCUUGGGAGUACCCGUCAAGUAUACGUUCACCGACGUGUCUGGUUCCCUUGUGGCAGCGGGCCGCAAGCAGUUCAAGCGGUACGGCUUCAUGGAGUUCCAAGUACUGAACAUAGAGCUCGAGCCUCCUGAGUCCCUCUUGAGCAGUCAACAUAUUGUUCUAUCGACAAAUUGUAUCCACGCUACACGAGAUUUGUCUGUUUCCUUGGCNAAUAUCCGUAAGAUGCUGAGACCAGACGGGGUUCUGGCCCUUCUCGAGAUGACUCGACCUCUGCCUUGGGUUGACUUGGCCUUUGGAUUAACAGACGGGUGGUGGCUGUUUCAGGACGACCGUCAAUAUGUCCUGGCGACUGAGCAGCACUGGGAACAUGUACUGCAUUCGACGAAAUAUGGGCACGUCGACUGGACUGAUGGGCAACUACCAGAAGUGGACAUUCAGCGACUCAUCAUCGCCCAUGCGUCUGGACCUCGCCAUUCCCGUGCUCCGAGGCCGCAAGCGUCUAUUACGACUCCACUCUCUCCUUACAGCGAUUCAUGCGAGCGCCAGGCUGUGCUUGACACUUAUAUCCACAAAUACACGGAAGGCUGGAGCGUAGAAAGCAAAUAUUGUACUACUCUUGCGAUGGACGCUUCGGUUGACAAAUGCGUGUUGGUUACCGGUGCUACUGGAAGCUUAGGCUCUCAUGUCGUAGCUGACCUUGCGCAUCGGACAGAGGUUCGGCUGGUGAUCUGCCUCAACCGUGUGAGCAAUAUGGAAGCAACUACACGUCAGCAUGAAUCUUUGACAGCUCGCGGAAUCCCAAUGAGUCCUACAGCAAUGGAGAAACUGAAGGUCAUUGCUACGGACACUAGCAAACCACGACUCGGUCUGUCACAAGACGUGUAUGGGUAUCUCUUCCAGAAAGUCACGCAUAUCGUCCAUAGUGCAUGGCCGAUGAGCCUCACGCGUCAGCUUCGUGGCUAUGAAGCUCAGUUCAAGGUCUUCCGCAAUCUCAUCGAUCUUGCGGCAGAUGCUGCGAACUAUAGACCUCCAUCCGUGAGAAUUGGUUUCCAAUUCAUCUCUUCCAUCGCAGUAGUCGGGGUCUACCCGGACUGGGCCGGUCAUGCCCUUGUCCCGGAGAAGCCUACGGUCAUCGAGACUGUACCUCGGGGAGGUUACGCGGAAGCCAAAGUGUCAUGCGAAACCAUGCUCCGUCGUACUCUCUACCAGUACCCAGAGCGGUUCAAUGCCAUGGCCGUGCGCAUCGCGCAGAUCUCCGGGUCAGCCACUUCGGGAUAUUGGAACCCAACUGAGUACAUCCCAAUCUUGUCGAAGUCUUCUCAAGUGCUGCGCAUGCUGCCUGACCUACAAGGUACUUUUGCUUGGUGUCCGGUUGAUCAAGUCGCAGCUUCGCUCAGCGAACUGCUGAUGUCCGAGGCCGCGAAAGACCUUAUCUAUCACAUUGACAAUCCCUCGCGGCAAUCGUGGAAACACCUCAUCGCUCUACUAUCGCGCUUGCUCAAUGUCCCGACCGCGAACAUCGUGCCGCACGAGCAAUGGACAAAGCGAGUGCGUCGUUUCAGGGCGUCAGCUACUGAUAAUCCAGCACUCCAGCUCAUCGAGUUCUUCGAUUCACAUUUUGUGCCCAUGUCAUGUGGUAGGCUUGUAUUGGACGUGACAAAGACUAGCAAGCACUCAGAGACACUUCUAAAUAUGCAAGCUAUCAGCGAUGAUUUGCUGACGAGAUAUGUGGAUAAGUGGAAGCAAUCGGGGUAUCUCGAUCCGUAG